AUGGAGGGGAGUAGAAUCAAGGAGGCUGUGGACACGAAUUUCCGAGAUUUUUCUUCGAGAAUAGACAGACUGGACAUGGGCAAUCCUGAGCAUGUUGUGUGGGCCUACAAGAACAUCCGGCAGGCGUACAGCCACUCUGCCACGGAUUUUUCGAGGAUGGUCAAGAUGAUGGCUGAGCACAGGCCACUGGAUUUCAACACAAGCCUAAUAGUGCUGGAGGAGAUCGGGGGUAUUCUGCACAAGCACUUUGGGGAGGAGGAGGACGAUGAGGAAAUAAGCUUUGUUGCCAGCAAGUGUGGGCUUUCCAUAACCAGCGGGGAAUCUGACACCUGCAUGCGGUAUGUGGACUAUCUUUACAGGCUUGUCCUUCCGUUUGCCAAGGUAUGCACAAAGCAGGUGGUUGAUAUUGUGGCCUUUCUGUUUACCAGAACGAGCACGGCAGAGUUUGACGAGCUGUUUGAAAUAUUUGGCAAGAAAAAGGACUUUCUUGUUGAGCUGUAUCUUCUGAAGGUCAAGCUGAUGAGGGAAAGAAGUGCCAAAUAUAAGUGCGAAAGAUGUAGAAAUGCUGAUAAGAAGGCCAGUCUGGACAUGGAGGAAUGCAUCAAGAACAUGAAGAUAUCGCCCAGUGGGGGAGAAAUGGAGAAGGAUCCGGAGAAAAAAACGGACUUUUACUCGAUAGAAGAUGUCGACAGCAUCAGAAAGGAGAGUAACGAGAAGUUUCCAGAGGACCUGAGUUUUAGCCAAGGGAAGCCAUUUUUUGAAUCUGGUGUUGAGUCGCAUUCACUUGAAGGUGGCAAAAGUCUAAAUGGGAGUGAGGAUCGCAGUGCAGAUGGAGGUGUCCUGGAGGGCAAGCCCCACCUGACUUCUGACGGCGGUUCUCGCAACACAUCGUGUGAGUGCGGAACAGAUGGGAGGCCAAAUGAAACCUGCCUGUGCGCUUCUUAUAAGCCAAGUGAUGAGGCCUAUUGCCUAAGCGAGGCCAAAAAGCACCUGUUGGACAUUGAAUCCAUCUCACCGAGGUUCUUUCUUGAAAAUGUCGCUCUAUAUCUCAGCCUUUCGUUUGACAAAGAGCUCCUGGACCUGUUUAGGAAGUAUGUGAACACCGAGUACGGUACUGUUUGUGCCUUCCAUGUAUUUAAGCUGAAGACCAUAGACCGCGAAACCUCUGAAGCUCUGAUAGGGGAGAUGAAGGAUGCGAAGAGGGAGAUACUGAAGUCUGAGAACUUGGCUGUUACGAGCACGACAUUCAAUCUUUACGUCGAGUGGUGUAUGGACACCUUUGGGUCUAUCUCAAUUUCGUCCAUCAACGACUACUCGGAUAUAAGCAGGCUGUAUGUAAAGUUUCUCAGAGCCUUUCCUCACAAGAAGAUGUUUCUUAUCCUUGAAGGCAUGUGUGAAAGCAGGAUAGACAGGGUUUCCAAUGUGGUUUAUGGGCGCAUUGCUUGCGACCUAGAGGAGAUAGUCAGUAUCAUCCUGGGGCUAUUUGGCGAUACAAACGAAGACGACAGGAGGAAGGCAUCUAACACGCUGAUGGAUGACGAAAAGAUAUUCAGGAACUCGAGCCGCCUUGAUGCACCUAACUUCUGUAUAAAGCAAGAGCUGGAAAAGAUUGUUUUUGAGGUGUGCAAGCGCUACAGAAAGGCUUUUCUUUCGCAGAUCAAAGUCUUGCUGCAUUUUCCAGAUGACUUCAGGCUGAAGAUUGUUAGCAUCCUGUGUGGAGACUAUGAUAACGAUUGGAGGUAUCGAAGGGCAUUGCUCCAUUCAUAUAGAGAGCACCCCCACUUUUUCGAGGGGAUUUUCAAUCUUGACAUCUUUACUAGGGAUCCGGUGUUUAUAGUUAGAAGGACUGCACUGGACAUAAGAGAGGAGCUUGGCAUCGAAAGUACAAAGCCAUCUUCGGGGCAGUCCCUGUAA